CUUCCACGUCUCAACCCUUUGUUGCAGGAUCUUAUGGUUCUCCGUGACAGCUGCUACCUGCCAAACAAAAACUCCGAAGCCGCCCACCCCAUGAGCGGGCAUCGAAACGCGAGGAGGCGAUGUGGGGAGUCGCACCUGGAACCCCCCGCCGGCUGCGGCCACGGGCCCGCCGCUGGGUGCGUGCUAAGCAAACUGGUGCAGCUGCCCACGCCUCCCUUGUCCAAGCACCAGCUGAAACGGUUGGAAGAACACAAAUACCAGAGCGCUGGACGGUCCCUGCUUGAACCCCUCAUGCAAGGGUACUGGGAAUGGUUAGUUGGGAGAGUUCCUGCCUGGAUCGCCCCCAAUCUCAUCACCAUCAUUGGACUGUUAAUAAAUAUAUUCACAACUCUGCUAUUGGUAUAUUACUGCCCGACAGCCACAGAGCAGGCACCUCCCUGGGCAUAUAUUGCUUGUGCAUGUGGCCUUUUCAUCUACCAGUCUCUGGAUGCUAUAGAUGGAAAACAAGCAAGAAGGACAAAUAGCAGUACUCCGUUAGGAGAACUUUUUGAUCAUGGCUGUGAUUCACUUUCCACAGUCUUUGUGGUUUUGGGAACUUGUAUUGCUGUGCAGCUGGGAACCAACCCUGACUGGAUGUUCUUUUGUUGUUUUGCUGGAACAUUCAUGUUUUACUGCGCGCACUGGCAGACGUACGUCUCUGGAACGCUGCGCUUUGGCAUGUAAGUACCUGGGCUGAAAAUAAAACUGAAAGUUAGGCUGCUUUCCUGUCUGCUUGCACUUUGC